CUGCCGAACGAGAUUGUCGGCGUCGACCACUUAUCGCUCGCUCGCGCGGGGCUCGCGGGGCAUAGCGCGCGCCGCUCCGACCGCCCGCGCACCGUCUUCAGCGGGAUCGCGGUCAUCCUUUCGUACGCGGAGAACAAUGCAGCGAUGGCGCUGCUCGACGCGGCGCGGGCGGCGGGGGGCGUCGGCGAGAUCCUCAGCUUCGACGGCGCCCUCGCCAAAGUGACUGAUUUCCGAGAUGGGGAGAUGCUGGAGGUAGCCGCGGACAUGGCGAAUGCCGUCGCUGGCGUGGAGUUCCAGAUCAAGCGUCUGCAACGCGGGGUCGACCACGUCCGCUUCGCCAGGGCAGUGCUUCGCGGCUCACAGACUGCGGUCGCUCAGAGGAAGAACAGCGAGCGCGAGGUGGCCACUUGCAUCGUCUCGGUGGCCGAUUGGGCACAGCUGCGCACAAAGACCGCGCUCGACGAGGAGAGCGCGACCAUGCGGAGCGCGAUCAAGACCCCUCAGUUCACAAAGGAGACUGCGGAAAACGUCUUCCGCCGCGACAGUCCCAAGGGCGCCGCCUACGGCGUCGUCGAGCCUCAGUCAGCGCUUGCGCCAGCGCGUUGCCGCGACGCCAGGAUAUUGGAGGGCGGUUGCGCGGGGCUCUGGGGCCCGACGGCCCCGUCGGUGGAGAUGCACUUGCGCGCGGCCGAUCCGGGGGCGCUCGAGGAGGGCGGAGAUUUGAAAGGAGUUUCCGCGAAGACGGCGCGCGCGGACGCGGGCUUGCCGAGCGACGGGGGCGACGUCUACGCGUCGCCAGCUGCGGGCGCCGAUGGCUUGCUCCAGCCAGGGCCCGGUUUGCAACGCGCGGUGGGCACGGAUGGCCCCUUCGAGGCGCGCUUGUGGGAGUGCGCCCGCUGCAGCGCCACGUUGAAGCAAAGCGCGGGGAUGGCAUCUCGCCCCGACAUCUCCCGCAAGGUUCGCGACCUCCACAGCGCCGCGGAGAUCGCGGUAAAGACGUGGAGACGCGCGAACAAAACUUGCGAGAUCACCUACGGGCCGAACUUCAUGCGCGUCGGCGGCGACGAGGUCAAUGCAACGACGUUGGCGGACUUCGAGCACUCAGGCGUGGUCAUUAUUCGCAACCAGACGGAGACCUUCUCGGACGAGGCUGAUGACGGGCGCGGAAAAGAUUUCGUGACCGACUACAGGAAACUCCACCUCGACGCCUUGACGCACGCGAUCGCCGCUCAGGAGAUGCAGCCGAUCAAAAAACACCGCGGGGCCAGC